AUGGGGGGUUGUGAAGCGAGAGGUUUGCUCUGGACAUUUGGCCUGUUCUUCCCUUUGCUGACGGCGUGCCCGGCGGGCUGCAGUCCAGUCUCCGGCAACCAAGUGGUGUUGCUUGAUACUACAGCUGCAAUUGGAGAACUAGGAUGGAAAACCUAUCCUUUAAAUGGGUGGGAUGCCAUAACUGAAAUGGAUGAACACAAUCGUCCCAUUCACACCUACCAGGUAUGUAAUGUAAUGGAACCAAACCAAAACAACUGGCUUCGUACAAAUUGGAUCUCCCGUGAUGCAGCCCAGAAAAUUUAUGUGGAAAUGAAGUUUACCCUGCGGGACUGCAACAGUAUUCCAUGGGUACUGGGAACUUGCAAAGAAACUUUUAACCUUUACUACAUGGAGUCAGAUGAGUCCCAUGGAGUUAAAUUCAAGCCAAACCAAUACACUAAAAUUGAUACUGUUGCAGCUGAUGAGAGUUUUACCCAGAUGGAUUUGGGUGACCGCAUCCUUAAACUCAACACAGAAGUUCGUGAGGUUGGGCCAAUAAACAGGAAAGGAUUCUAUCUUGCUUUCCAGGACAUUGGAGCCUGCAUUGCUCUGGUCUCUGUCCGCGUUUACUACAAAAAGUGCCCUUUCACAGUUCGUAACUUGGCUAUGUUUCCUGAUACUAUUCCAAGAGUUGAUUCUUCCUCUUUGGUGGAAGUACGGGGUUCCUGUGUGAAGAGCGCUGAGGAGCGGGAUACUCCAAAACUGUAUUGUGGAGCAGAUGGGGAUUGGCUUGUGCCUCUUGGGCGAUGCAUCUGCAGUGUAGGAUAUGAGGAAGUGGAUGGUUCCUGCCAUGCUUGCAGGCCAGGAUUCUAUAAAGCAUUUGCUGGGAAUAUAAAGUGUUCCAAGUGCCCUCCACACAGUUUAACCUAUGUAGAAGCAACUUCUGUCUGUCAGUGUGAAAAAGGUUACUUCAGAGCUGAGAAAGAUCCACCAACUAUGGCAUGUACCAGGCCACCUUCUGCUCCACGGAAUGUGAUUUUUAAUAUUAAUGAAACAGCUCUUAUGUUGGAAUGGAGCCCACCUAGUGACACGGGGGGGAGAAAAGAUCUCACCUACAGUGUCAUCUGUAAGAAAUGUGGAUCAGACACCAGCCAAUGUGAGAUAUGCGGUGGAGGUAUCCGUUUCAUCCCAAGACAUACAGGCCUGAUUAACUCAUCUGUGACUGUGCUUGAUUUUGUGUCUCAUGUGAACUACACGUUUGAAAUAGAAGCCAUGAAUGGAGUCUCUGAGCUGAGUUUCUCCCCCAAGCCAUUCACAGCUAUCACAGUUACCACAGAUCAAGAUGCACCCUCCUUGAUAGGUAUGGUAAGGAAGGACUGGGCUUCCCAAAACAGCAUUGCCCUCUCAUGGCAAGAGCCUGACUUUCCCAAUGGAGCCAUUCUGGACUACGAGAUCAAGUACUAUGAGAAAGCCUACCCACGGAUAGCGCCGGCAUUUUGGCACUACCUGCGGGUAGAAGAGCAUGAGCAGCUCAGCUAUUCCUCCACAAGGUCCAAGGCUCCAAGUGUUAUCAUCACAGGUCUCAAGCCAGCCACCAAGUAUAUAUUUCAUAUCAGAGUCAGGACUGCAGCAGGAUACAGCGGCUAUAGCCAGAAGUUUGAAUUUGAAACUGGAGAUGAAACUUCUGAUAUAGCUGCGGAGCAGGGGCAGAUUCUUGUAAUUGCCACUGCUGCUGUUGGUGGAUUCACUCUCCUGGUUAUCCUCACUCUGUUCUUCCUAAUCACUGGGAGAUGCCAGUGGUACAUAAAGGCCAAAAUGAAGUCUGAAGAAAAAAGAAGGGCUCAUUUGCAAAAUGGACAUUUGCGCUUCCCAGGAAUAAAAACGUAUAUUGAUCCAGACACAUAUGAAGACCCAUCUCUUGCUGUCCAUGAGUUUGCAAAGGAGAUAGAUCCUUCAAGAAUUCGUAUUGAGAGAGUUAUAGGGGCAGGUGAAUUUGGAGAAGUAUGCAGUGGACGUCUGAAGACCCCAGGAAAAAGGGAGAUUCCUGUUGCCAUUAAAACUUUGAAAGGUGGCUAUGUGGACAGGCAGAGAAGAGAUUUCCUGAGAGAGGCUAGUAUCAUGGGACAAUUUGACCACCCAAAUAUUAUUCGCCUCGAAGGAGUUGUUACAAAAAGAUCCUUCCCGACCAUUGGGGUGAAGUCUCUUUCGAGAUUCCUGAGCGCGGGCUUUUUAAAUAGCAUCCCGGCCCCACAUCCAGUCUCUCGGGGCGGAUCUUUGCCCCCUGGCAUUUCCUCUGGCAGACCAGUAAUGAUUGUGGUGGAAUAUAUGGAGAAUGGAUCCCUUGACUCCUUUCUGCGGAAGCAUGAUGGACACUUCACAGUCAUCCAGCUGGUUGGCAUGCUUCGUGGAAUCGCAUCUGGCAUGAAGUAUCUCUCAGAUAUGGGCUAUGUACAUCGUGAUCUGGCAGCCCGUAAUAUUUUAGUCAACAGUAACCUCAUGUGUAAAGUCUCUGAUUUUGGUCUGUCACGAGUGUUAGAGGAUGACCCUGAAGCUGCUUACACCACAACUGGUGGAAAAAUCCCCAUAAGAUGGACUGCCCCUGAAGCUAUAGCCUACAGAAAGUUCUCUUCAGCAAGUGAUGCAUGGAGCUAUGGGAUUGUCAUGUGGGAAGUGAUGUCCUAUGGAGAAAGACCAUAUUGGGAGAUGUCUAAUCAGGAUGUUAUACUGUCUAUAGAAGAAGGUUACAGGCUUCCGGCUCCUAUGGGCUGCCCAGCUUCUCUCCACCAACUUAUGCUUCACUGCUGGCAAAAAGAGAGAAACCACCGGCCGAAGUUUACUGACAUUGUCAGCUUCCUAGACAAAUUGAUCCGCAACCCCAGCUCCCUUCAUACCCUAGUGGAGGAUGUACUUGUAAUGCCAGAUUCACCUGGUGAAGUUCCCGAAUAUCCUUUGUUUGUUUCAGUCAUUGAUUGGCUAGAUUCAAUAAAAAUGGGUCAGUAUAAAAAUAACUUCAUGGCAGCGGGUUUCACAACUUUGGAUGUGGUUUCAAGAAUGAGUAUUGAUGACAUUAGGAGAAUUGGAGUUGUACUCAUUGGACACCAGAGACGAAUAGUGAGCAGUUUACAGACUUUGCGAUUACACAUGAUGCACAUACAGGAGAAAGGAUUUCAUGUAUGA